CUCAUUAGUGAUAUUUUUUUUGUUAAAUAUAAAAAAUUUUAAAAAUGGCACAGGAGUGUAGUAACAGUAACAGUGGUAUUAUAGCUAUUGAUGGUAGUAGUGGUGGUGACGACAUCACAUCCACAUCAUCACCAAUAGGACAGCCGUCGACUACAGCUUUUAUCAUCAGUUUUGACGACGAUCUCGAGGAAGAUAAUAGUCAAUCGUCUACUCAUAAGAAAAUGUUAAACAUUAAGGACAGUAUACGUAAGUUUGCACCGCCCAGACCCGACUCAAUUGAAAAGCCUAGACCCGUGAAAAACAGCCAUAAAAGUAGCGGCAGUGGUGGCGGUAGUGUGGGUGACGGCGACACGUCGUCGACAUCACCGAAACAGUUAGUGGGAGUUAGUGGUCGCCGACAGUUAUCAUCGCCCAGCAGUGGUGGUAACAACCAAUCAGCGACCAAAAACAACAACAACAACAACAGUACCGUUAGAAAACAAUUGCCGACACAUUUAGUAGAACCGAUAAGUACUGGCCAUCUGAGCGAUUCGGCUGCCUAUCUAAUCAAUCGUAUGCUAUCGUAUGCACCGAAAGAUAUUUCGGGCCGUUCAACGAAACUACGGUCAACUAAUCAUAAUAAUCAUAAUAAUCAUAAUACAACUAAUUCCGUCCAAAAAGAGGUAGUAAUGUCCAAAUCGUGGGGUAUCGCCACCGGCGAUACCGAUAGCGGCGUUCCCGAUAUGGACAACAAAUCGGUUCGUAGCGAAACUGGUACCUAUACGGUCGGUUUGGAUCAGGAGGAGGUGGAGGACGACAACGAUGAUAAUGACCGUAGCAUCGAAGUGGAAACGGCUCGCCAACAGAUAGACCAUGUUUUCGGUAUAUCCGACGACAAUAUCACUGUAUCCCUGAACUCAUCGUUGGCUUCGAGUCUUAAUUCGCCGACUGUUUUGAAAAAUAUUGACGAAAAUCUACGAACAAAACAAUGUCGAGGAGGUGGAGGUGGAGGAGGAAGUGGUGGUGAACGAGGAGGAGGAGGAGGUGGACGACGACAAUCAUUUGACGCCAUGACUACUACUACUACGACAACUAAUAAUAAUAAUAAUAAUUUAAAUUCAAAUAACAACAACUCGAAGAAACCGAUUGUCAUCAACGAUGCACUCAUUGAUUAUAAUCAGCAACAGCUAAACAACUUAACCAUAACGCGAACCAAACGCCGGGUGCCGACCGUCGAGGAAAUGCUACACCAAAACAAUAAUAACAAUAAUAAUAGUAAUAAUUUUGAUAUCACUACUAAUAGUUCCGCAGCUUUAAGUGAUAGUAGAAGAGGUUCAUCGACAGCAACAACAGCAACAACAACAACAACAUCAUCGACGGUGAAGAACAACAUUAGUGUUGUGAACAACAAUCCUAACAACAAAUCAUCACUUCUGGCUUCUUAUGACUCGAAAAAUGAUUUAUCAAAGAUUUCUAAUAAUACUAAUAAUACAAAUAAUUUUAACGAUAAUUAUAGUAAUAAUUAUAAUACCGGUAAUCAAAAGGUUUUACCGCUUCCGUCGGCAUCUAAUAAUCAGCCGACCAGCCAUUCGGCGCCGUCCACACCCCGAUCGCCAUUCCUUCAGCGCAAACUGAUUGCACUGAAAAGUGCUAAACAAGGGAAACAACACCGACAACAGCUAAAGACUACUACUACCGCCGAUCACAGGAAAAAUUCGUGGACCAAGUCGUACGCAGAGGACGUCGACGACUGCCAGUCGUACAACUCGGACGACGACAGCACCGAUCUGAGUCACCGAAGCUAUACGUCCUGCAAGAAUGAUGUCGCCAGAGAUGAUGAUGACGGUUGUGGCGAUAACACCGCUACCACCACAUCCAGCGAUAUUGGCGGCUAUUCUCAGCGAUUCAAUCGGGCAUUUGCUUUACGCCGGGCCCGACUCGGUAUCGAUACGCCCGCCUCUGCCGCCGCCCCCGGCGUACCUGUCAAUCGAAGCGCCUCAUCGGCAUCAGCAACAGCAGCAGCUCAUAGCCGACAAUCAUCGACACCACAUAAGCCUACGGCCACUGCCGCCCCUAACGGAGGAUCGUUCAGUCGUUCAGAUGGCGGCCGAUUCAGUCUGCGAGUGGCUAAAAAUAAUUUCAACGACAGACUCCGAAAGACUCAAAAUCAUCAGCAAUUGAACCGAAUCUCAUCGAAAGAGAAUGUUAGUCAUCAUCAUCAGCAACGGCCGUCCGUCCAGAGGAAAGGUAGCGAUAGUGCCUCCAGUGUUAAGUCGUCGUCUGUGAUAAGUCCGCGAUUGUCGUCGUCAAACAGUCGGCAGUCGUACGCCUAUUCGGAUACCGACCGAAAUACAAUCAAUAAUAAUAAUCACUAUAACAAUAGCCAUCGCGGGAAUAGCCAAUGGAGUACAAGUCUGCGACAGGACAUUCAUCGUAGUACUAGUAGUCAUCAUCAGCAACAACAACAACGCAAUGGUGGUGAUAGUCAUCAUCAGCAACAGCAGCAGCUAAUAAACAAUUCGUCCAAUAAAUUAUCACCAAUUCUACCGCAAAGAGGAGGAGUAGGAGAAUCGGUACGACGAGACUCGUUACCGGGUUGUCUACCGCCGGUAACCGAUAGGAGAGGAGUAGCACCUGUAGCUAAAUACCAGCCACACCAACAAUACCUGAAUGGUUCCCAUUCGGAAACACCUAAUCAUUAUCAUCAUUAUCAACAACAGUCCAAUCCUAUCACCACAACCACAACAAUACACAGCAAACCACCGAUCAGUAGUCAACUCCGGACAAAACCGGUACUCGAGUUGACCGCAUUGGACGGACUGGUCAUAUCGGCUAUCAAUCAGCUGUCGUACAAAUUGCGUACAAAUAUGUUGGCAAUGUUGGACAGUCAACGCAGUCGACUGGAGGACAAUUGCGAGGCACGAGUAGUAAUCGACGAGAUAAUGCCUCAGCUAUUGAUGACCACAUCGCCGGAACGGUCACCCUAUGAUCGGGAGCUGAGUGUUAGCCGCGAUUUGUCGACUGUUUUGAAAAAUUUGAAAAAACUCGAGCAAAGCUACGAUGUUUUAAAACUCAUGUUAGAUAAUAAUAGCUCAUCCAAUAUAACCACUACAUCUACUACUACGACAACUAAACAACAACAACAAAAACAACCUCCCAGUCGACGACCGGUUAAUCCAAACCAAUUUUUUGUGGUCGAUGUCUGAAACCCACACAACAUACCGUUCCUUACAACAACAAAAAAUAACUCCCAGUGCCUGUCGUUCAUAUAUUUAUCGGUACUAUAAAAAAGGCACUCAAAACUUGAUAAUAAUCCAACAAUUUUUUGUUUGUUUCAAACAUUAUCUCUCUCUCUCUCUC